AUGACGAUACUCUUGACUGGCGGUACUGGUCGAACAGGAUCAGCAGUCGCACGACGUUUGCAUGAAGCAAAGAUACCAUUCCUCAUCUUGUCAAGAUCUGGUUCUGCACCUGCACCAUAUGAAGGCUGCCGAUUUGACUGGGCUGAUAAGAGCACCUUUGAGAUCCCAUUCUCACAAAGUCCAAAUGUGGAAGCAAUAUAUCUCGUGCUUAGCCUCGGAGUGAUCGAUGCCAAAGCACAAGCAGCUAGAGAUUUCAUUGAUUUUGCAAGAGGAAAAGGUGUCAAGCGUUUCGUUAUGCUCAGCAUGAGCAAUGCAGAAGUUGGAGAACGUGUCACGGGUGCUGUUCAUGAGUACUUGUUGGAACUUCCUGUUGAAUACGUAAUUCUCAGACCAACGUGGUACAUGGAAAAUUUUACUCAUCCAAAGUCGAAUACAAUCAAGAACCUUGGCGAAAUGUAUUCGGCAACUGGAGAUGGAAAAGUCUCUUGGAUAUCGACUGAAGACGUGGCCGCGGUGGCAUAUAGGGCGUUGACAGACAAUCGGCUGAACAAGAUUGACCCAAUCUUGGUAGGGCCUGAGCUUCUCAGCUAUGAUGAUGUUGCCCAAAUCAUUGGUGACGUUACUAAAAAGGAAGUCAAGCAUGUACGUAUUUCAAUGGAUACAUUGCGGGAGAACAUGUCAGCAGUACUACCCUCUGUCGUUGUUGAAGGUUUGCUUGAGAUGGAGGAAGAGUUCUCAAAGAACUUGGAGGCCAUCCCAGAUAAUGGUGAGAUGGAACGACUGACCGGGCAAAAGCCAAUUCGAUUUCGAGAAUGGGCUGAGAAGAAUAAGGCUGCGUGGAUUUAA